AUGUGGCUUCGACUCCGCUUUAGCUGCUCAGUCGCCGGCUCUGGUCACGCUCUCUCCAUUCUCGCCUUCCAUCGCGCACUCCACGCGCCGGCUCUCGAGUUGUUUCACAGAACCAAGACGACCAAUAAGAGCUUCAAGACAGCUGGCUUGGGUCUCUCUUCAGGUCGACUCGUCGGUGCCGAAGAAGCCAGCUCGGCUAAGACUAUAGGUGGUAAUUUGAGGCCCGAAGAAGCCGUGGCUUGGGAGCUUUUCAGCCCCAUUCAUCGGAUUCUUAUAGUUGCUGUCGUUGCCGUCGCCGCCGCCAAUUCGAAGAAAAAUAAACAGAUUUGUCAGCUCAAAAAUCUGUUGAACUUAGGGUUAGAUCAAGUGCUUUUGAGCAUGCAACAGAAGCUAGACAAACUAUGUGAACAGAUGAACUAUUUCAAAGAUCAGCCAGAAUGUGUCACUGGCUUAUCUUUAACCAAGAAACUGGAAUUGCCAUUCCGUGAAGCUUCCUCUGAUGAAAAUUUAUCUUUUGGAUGUGGUUGUCAGCUGUGCGAGCAACAUAAGCCUCCAUCAAGUGACUCUGUUGCUAUUUCGGUUGUGAAAGCAUCUGGUGGUGAUGACAUGUUCAAGUACAAAAUCCCUCCUGCAAAUGAGGCAGAACCAGAGGAGCGUCGCAUGUCUGAUUUGUCAGAUUUGUCUCCUAGCAUUUCCUCCUCAGUAGAUAUUCAGUUGAAUACAUUAGCAAUUGAACAAGAUAUCUACAACCUCCGCAAAGAAUGUGAAGAAAAGGAAGCCACCAUAAAGGAGCUGUCCAUUUUUGUUCACUCAUCUCAAGUUGUAGAUUCAAAGAGGAUUGUGGAGUUAGAAGACAUCAUCCGAAGGAAGAAUAUGAUCAUUACAAAACUGAGGAAAGACAUGUUGGUUCUUGAACAGAAGAAGCCUGUGCAAUCUUCAUUUCUGACUUCAAAUAUUCCAGCACCGACAGCUUUUCUUCCUCUGCUUCCAUUGAGAAACUUGACAUUCUUGAAUUACAGAAAUGGAAAUCAAGAAGAUUUUGCCGCAGUUGUGGUGAAUCUAACAAGACUUCGAAGACCUUCUUUCUCUACCGCAAGCUCGAAUGAGAGGCGUCUUCCAAUGAUGGCAGAUAAUGUCCUUUAUGAUAUGGAUAGUACAACUAGUCCUUCAUCUUCUGAUUCAGAUUGCUCCCCUG